AGCAGCGCCGAGCAGCAACCCGGGCGGUUAGAACCGAGUAAAUCUCCGCUUGUCAUCACUCCACUUCGGAACAACAAUAACAAAAAUCUACUUUACCAGUGACAGGUGACGGAGGAUGUCCAGAGCUGACUGGAGCUUCCUGGAGCAGCUGCUUGAGGAGGGCCAGGAGAACUCGACCGGCGUGGGCCGCGUGUGGCUGACAGUCCUCUUCCUCUUCCGCAUCCUGGCCCUGGGCACGGCCGCCGAGUCGGCCUGGGACGACGAGCAGUCCGCCUUCGUGUGCAACACCAAGCAGCCGGGCUGCGAGGAGGUGUGCUACGACCAGGCCUUCCCCGUCUCCCACUUCCGCUACUUCGUCCUGCAGAUCAUCUUCGUCUCCACACCCACCAUCUUCUACUUCGGCUAUGUGGCCGUGCGCGCCAGGGAGGAGGCCGAGAGGGAGGCGCGAGGAGGAGGAGGAGGAGCGGCCGAGGAGGAGGAGGAGGAGGAGGAGGAGAAGAAGAGGAAGGGGCAGGGGAGAAGGAGUCAUGGAGGAGGCGCAGAGGCAGGGAAGGCCAAGCUGGAGGUGAUCCAGGAGGACGAGGAGUCGGUGGCGGCGGAGGAGAAGAAGGAGGAGAAAGGAGGAGGAGGAGGAGGGAGGAAGAGAGGUGCGGAGCGGCCCAGGCUGAAGGGCAGGCUGCUGGCGGCGUACGCGGUCAGUAUCGCCCUGAAGCUGCUGCUGGAGCUGGGCUUCAUGCUGGGCCUCUGGCUCCUCUACGGCUUCACCAUCCCCGCGCGCUACGAGUGCCGCCGCCAGCCGUGCCCGCACACCGUCGACUGCUUCGUGUCGCGGCCCACCGAGAAGACCAUCUUCACCGUCUACCUGCAGGCCAUCGCCGGCGUCUCCGUGCUGCUCAACGUCCUGGAGCUGCUGAACCUGCUGCAGCGCGCCGUCACCCAGCGCCUGGAGAAGCGCUACCGCUACCGCCGCCAGCCCUGGACACGCGACAUCGCCCGCGCGCCCUCGCCCCUGGAGACCGCCAGCGAGAGCACGCUAGCGCCCGCCUACGAGGAGAGGGGGCAUCAGUACCUGCCCGGCCUCGACGACGCGGGGGUGGUCCCGCGGACUGACCAGAGCUGGGCGCUGGAGGUCGGGGUCGGGGUCGGGGAGACGACGCCGGGGUUGACCUCUGACCUGUUGCCGAGCUACCUGAACUGCAUCAGCGGCAUGAGGCCCCUGGCCAGUGGCGGAGGGCACCAGCACAGGCUGCAGCAGCACCAGCAGAUGCACAGGCAGAGCAAGCGCAAUAAGCACAGCCACCACAAGGGCGGCGACACCAAGCACAGGCACUACGUGUGAGGCCCUGGGUGGGGAAGAGGCUGAUGUGAAUGAGGGUCUUUAGGGGACCAGGCAGGGGGAAACAGCACACACACACACACACACACACACACACACACACACACACACAUGCACACACACACACACUCACACACACAAACAUAAACAAAGAAACACUGACAUACAUGCACGUACGCAGAUAUUCUCACACUCUUACUCACAUGUAAAUAUAUAGACAUAUAGACAUAUGUGCAUGUAUACACACACACACACACACAUACACACACAUACACACAUGUACACACACAAGCACACACAGAUAUGAGUGCACACACACACCCACACACACACACCCUCUUGUCCCCUGGGGUUCUGUGGAUUGCAGUUAAAGCGGAGCCAUUUCCCUUGUUUGGAUGGAUACUUGUGUGAUGUCCUUUCCCCUAUGAACUUAAUUGCGCCCGAGGGACUGGAGCCAACAGAGCCAGUCCUCUUUCCCAGCAAGCACUGGGGCCCUGGCGUCUGAGAGAAAGAGACACACACACACACACACACACACACUGGGGGACCCAGGGCUGGAGCGGACUGGUGGAGGGACACUUGAGGACUCUAUCAGCUGCGUUCAGAAAGCAGAUGUGUUGUGGGGACCCGUGAGGGAAUAGUUUGGUCUAAGAACAACUCGGAGUCAACGAUAUUUUGAGAGCCUGGUCAAUGGCUUAAUAUAGCGAUUUGUUUUGGCGUAGUGAGCUUGUUCCCCCAAGGCUGUUGCUUGUAUGCUUUUUUCUGGCAAAUGCAUAUGCAGCUCUAACUCAAAACUACUCCGAUCGACGCCAUUUUGUGUCCCCAAUGGAAAAUUACACUCGUUAUCAUCCCAAAAUAGAUAGGUUAUUCUUGGACCCAACUAUUCCUCUAAAGACUCUAUCAGCGACACUCAGAAAGCAGCUGUGUGGCACACAGGCACAGUGGAUGGGGCAUCUGUGUGGCACAGUGGAUGGGGCAUCUGUGUGGCACAGUGGACGGGCUCUUGUGACAUGCCCACACCAGAGGUACAGCGUGGCGGACACUGUGAGGACAGUAAUGGGAUCAGUCUGCACUUAGGACACUUAUGAGAAUAGUAUUUAACAAAGAUGUAAUUUAAAUUUUUAUGCUCUCCAUAUUUAAAUUGUUAUAUUUAUUAUAUGAUGAAGAUAGAUGUGAAAUCAAAACUUUAUAAUAAAGUUUUUUAAUGCCGA